UUAUCUGGUAGAGACCGCGGUGCUAAACACCGAUACAGGCGAGUGAUUUCCAGGAUUGAUAUCCAAACCAGUCCCCACAACGGCUAACCAACUGUGAUCCCAAACUCAACGCCUAUAGCACGUAUGAUAAAUUACGGCAAAUCUCUGCCUAGAAAUUACCAGAAGGAGAAUUGUCAACUCGUUUUCCAUACAUCCAGCCUGUAUACUGGGAACCCCGGUAUUAUCAGCCACUUCUAUAUAAAGGCCAACACAUUGGUAGGGGUCUUAAUAUUUCCUCCCUAUAUCAUUCAAACACAGUUUAUCACGAUGCAGCCCCUUAAUGGCCCUUUAGCGAUCACAUUACUCUUUAUCAUUAGCAUUGGAUCCGCUACGUUGCACCUAAGAACGUCUAACACGCACAAUGCGGCGUACUGGGGGCAAAGCACUUCGGAGAACGAGGAUCUAUCACAGUACUGCACAAAAGAUGCGGGAAUUGAUAUCAUUCUACUUGCCUUCUUAAAUUCAUGGGGUAAUGGCCUAACCAUUCCAUCUGGCCAAAUCGGUAAUUGCGUCAUCUCUGCUCAAGGUGAUCCCCAGGGCUGUGAUAAUCUUGCUAACGCGAUCCGCUCCUGUCAAUCAAAUGGCGUAAGAGUCAUUCUUUCGCUAGGGGGAGCCACUGGUACCUACUCGUUACUAUCCAGGAUAGAGGCGGAGAGCAUUGGCCAAAAUCUUUGGGACGCCUAUGGAAGUUCUUCCGCGAACACGGUUCCCCGACCUUUUGGGACCACAGUCCUCGAUGGCUGGGAUUUCAGUAUUGAAAACUCUGCCGGAAACGAAUUUUAUCAAUAUAUGAUAACUACUUUGCGAUCUAACUUUGCUUCUGACCCGACCAAACCAUAUUAUGUUACUGGUGCUCCUCAGUGUUAUCUUCCGGAACGAAACAUGGGGGCGAUGAUAAGCCAGUCUCAAUUUGAUUAUCUUUGGGUGCAAUUUUAUAACAACCCCUCAUGCUCCAACCCAAACCCUAUCAACUACGAGGCAUGGGAGAAUUAUAUUGCGGGCACUGCAUCUAGUCAGACCAAGAUCUUUAUUGGAGUCCCUGCGUCUCCAUUGGCCGCAAACAACCUCCCCAGUGGAGAAAUAUAUUACUUUGAACCAAGUGAGCUUGCGUCGCUUGCCUCUGACCAUCGCAGCGACGCAGCCUGGGGUGGUUUCAUGAUGUGGAGUGCUGGAUAUUCAGAUACAAACGUUAUAAAUGGCUGCACUUAUGCUCAACAGGCGAAGUACAUUUUGGAAAAAGGCUCCCCCUGCCCUAUACCUACACCAACCACAUCAACACCAACCACAUCAACACCAACCACAUCAACACCAAUCACAUCAACACCAAUCACAUCAACACCAAUCACAUCAACACCAAUCACAUCUACGCCAAUCACAUCAACGCCAAUCACAUCAACACCAAUCACAUCAACGCCAAUCACAUCAACACCAACCACAUCAACGCCAAUCACAUCAACACCAAUCACAUCUACGCCAAUCACAUCAACACCAACCACAUCAACGCCAAUCACAUCAACACCAACCACAUCAACACCAACCACAUCAACACCAACCACAUCAACACCAAUCACAUCUACGCCAACCACAUUUACCAAUCACAUCUACACCAACCUCACCUAAUUCCGAUACAUCUAUGUCCGACAUUGGAAAGGUUUGGAUAAUUACUUUAACACUUUAGAUAUAGAGAGCACAUUGCUAUCUAACUAUAACAUCAUGGGUUACCAGAAAUCUUUUUGUAUUUUGAUCACCGUCAUAUUAAUACUAUGUCAAUAUGAG